GCCACCCUUCCUCCAGUGAAUCGUUGACGGAGCAGCCCCUAAAAUUAAUUGGUGAAUUUAAAAAAAAAAAUAUCGGUUAAUUGUAAUUUGGAAAAUGGACCACACCGAAUUCCGUGUGAAAGCAAAAGAGAUGGUGGACUACAUUGCGGACUAUUUGGAGAACAUCAGGGACCGCCGCGUCUACCCGGGGGUCCAGCCUGGCUACCUCCACAAGCUGUUGCCGACCGAAGCUCCAGAAAAACCCGAGAAGUGGGAUGAUAUUUUCAAAGACGUAGACCAACACAUCAUGCCCGGGCUGGUCCAUUGGCAGAGUCCGCACAUGCAUGCGUACUUUCCGGCUCUGACGUCAUAUCCUUCAAUUAUGGGGGACAUGUUAUCGAGCGCUCUUAACGUCCUCUGCUUUACCUGGGCAUCUUCGCCGGCCGGUACUGAAUUGGAGACUAUAGCGAUGAACUGGCUGGGCAAACUCCUGGCAUUGCCGGAGUGCUUCUUAAAUGAGAAGAACGAUAGCCCGGGCGGCGGAGUUAUCCAGACUACGGCAAGUGAAGCGACUCUGGUCAGUCUGCUGGCAGCUCGCACCAGGGCUUUGAUGGAGCUUUCCAAGCUCAAUCCAGAGCUCCAAGCGGCAGAGCUGUUGGGACAUCUCAUCUGCUACUGUUCGGAUCAGGCGCAUUCUUCUGUCGAGAAGGCCGGGUUAAUUGGCUUGGUUCGGAUGAGGUAUAUCGAGUCUGAUGAAGGGCAGAGCAUGCGAGGUGCUAAGCUGGAGGAAGCCAUCGUUGCUGACAAAGAAAAGGGCCUGGUGCCUUUUUGGGUGUGUGCAACAUUAGGCACAACAGGAUCUGUGGCGUUCGACAAUCUCCGUGAGAUAGGUCAGGUCUGCCAGAAACACGGAGCCUGGCUACACGUGGAUGCGGCAUAUGCUGGAAGCGCUUUCGUUUGUCCCGAAUACAGACAUUGGCUGGAUGGAGUAGAACUUGCCGAUUCGUUCGCUUUUAACCCAUCCAAAUGGUUAAUGGUGAACUUUGACUGCACUGCGAUGUGGGUAAAGGACAGUACUGCUCUGCAUCGAACCUUCAAUGUCAAUCCAAUUUACUUGAGACACGAAAAUUCAGGAAAAGCAAUAGAUUACAUGCAUUGGCAGAUCCCAUUGAGUCGUCGUUUCAGAGCUUUAAAGCUCUGGUUUGUGCUGCGAAACUAUGGUGUUGUUGGCAUCCAAAAACAUAUCCGCGAGGGUGUGCGCUUGGCCCAAAAAUUCGCGGCUCUAGUGCUGGCCGAUCCGAGAUUCGAGAUUCCACAACCAAGUAACUUGGGUAUGGUGGCAUUCCGCCUGAAAGGUGACAACGCUUUCACCGAGCGCCUCUUGAAGCGGCUGAAUGCUCGUGGCUACAUCCACGCCGUCCCCGCCUGUUUCAAAGGCAUCUACGUCAUCAGAUUCACCAUCACCUCUCAGAAGACGACUAAUCAGGAUAUAUUGGACGAUUGGAACGAAAUCAAAAUUGUAGCUUCCGAGAUAUUAACUGACGUGUUUGGUUCGGAGAACGGUAACAUUGCUGUGGUCAAGAAGCCAAGAAUCUCAUUAAAAGAAACCCGAGAAUUAAACGCGACUUUCGGGACAAGUCUUCUUCUCGCAAACAGUCCGAUGAGUCCAAAAAUCGUGAACGGAACUCACGCUGCCAUCUGUGAUUACGAACAGGUUCUAACAUCGUGCGCGCAGACUUUUGCGCAACUAAAAAUGGAACCUAAGGACAGUCCUGAGAUGCGUCGACGUAUCCGUGGCAUCAAAAUGUGUGGCAAGAAGUUCUCUCUUGACUCUUGCAUGGAUAUGGUCCAGGGCAUGAUGAUAGAACAGCCUCUGCCGCAGUUCGAGGAAGAAAGAGAAGAUGCUUCCAAUGGUGGGUUUACGUAUUAGACGCAUUGGUAGCUAUAUGUGUUGCUAGUGAAAUGGUUAAGCUUGUUUUAGUAUCAUUACGUGUAUUUGCUAGCUAUUGUGAACUCAUAUUAUCGUUGUCAUUUUAUCACCGUCUAUUAUUUCAUUCAAAACCUUGCUCAAACCGAACUUUUCAUAUUCAUUUAGAUUUAACACGAAGAACAAAAGUAGAGCUUUAUCUCAUGGCUAGUUGUAUCGCGAGGUGUGAACUAAUAAUUUUUCUGUGAUUUUAGGGGCAAACAGUGAAACAAUUGAAGCCAAAAUAUGUUGAGGCUCGAGUCCUGGAGAAAGGUCAUCAUUGUCUUCAUCACCAGUUAUAUCAACAGGAACGAUCAAACAAGAGACCAGCGUUGAUGCCAAUCAACUGCAACUUCCAGCACCAUCGCGGCAGUACAGAUCCAAAUCUGUAGACGUGGCUUUAACUGGCCUGUGCCUUGACGAUGCUAAAAUAACAAUCGACAUGAAGAAUAGCGAAAUAAUAAUAACUCCUACGGGAUCCAAUAAAAUCGUUGAAGAAACUGAACACAAGCCAGUCCAGUUAAGCGAUAUCCAAGACAAAUUGAAUAUUGGAGAUAAAAUAACCCAAGCUUUCGAGAAUUUUCAAGAUGGCCUACAAAUGCUUAGCGAUUAUCGUAAGAAUGAUGAUGGAUCUGAAAAAACUCAGGAUUGUAAUACUAAAUUGACUAUCAGAGGACCCGGAAGCUACAUUAAAAAGUUAAUUCAGCAAUUCAGCGAAGGAUCUUUCGACAGUGAAGAUUCUAAGCCUGAAUCUGAGAGGGCUGUUUCGACUCAGUCAAUCAAGAACAAGGCAGAUGCAAUUUGCAAGAAAUGUCUCCAUUACAAAGGCAAAACUUCCAAGUAAAUUAAAACUUGGUGGUAAUUAAUACGGAUACUUCAAAUUAAUCGCUUCAAAGAUUCUUUCUCGUAUAGCAUAAAAAUUUACUGUCACUGUGAGCAGAAAAAAAUUGCUAGUUUUAGAGGAGAAAACUGCUUAAAUUAGUAUUGAAGGAAUCAUACACAAAGGCGUAAAACAAUAUAUCGUCUAUGUUAUCGAUUAGAUUAGAUUAGAGCCUAAUAGAUCCGCGCUUAUAAUGUAGUUUGCACAAUAAUAGCGCUUAAGUAUUACAUUAGGUAUCAACUGUUUAUCAUAACAAGAUUAUAACAUAAGUUUUGCAUUAGAAUUUAGAAAGGUUCUGAAGAAAAAAAUUAGUAAAAGUUGAUAAUAUCCUUUACGGAACUCAAUAUUCAACGUUACAUAAAGAGUUGGUUUUAGCAUAUUUUUUAGGAUAGAAGCAUAUAUGUAAUAAUAAAACUAUUUAACCAAUAAAAUCUUUGAAAUGUAAUCUAGUUUAUAAUUUAGGGUUUAGUAAAUAAAUAAAAAAAAACUGCUGUGCUGCAUCAAUAAAAAAUUGAGAAAAAUAAUAGAAAUUAAGAUGUAGAUGAACACAUAUCGAUAGAAAUAUUAUCUUCUAUUGAACAUAAUUGUCAAAUACUGUAAUUAUUAUUAAUUGUAGGUUCAAAUAUGUAUUAUUGUAACUGUGAUGGAAUACUUCAGCUAUUUUCGAAAUCAGAGGCUCCGAUGGCCAUUUUUUACUUUGUUUAAUUUAGAAAAACAAUUAUAGAUGCCACAAUUUAUUGUGCUUCUACUUAUAAAAUUCAAAUGUGGUAAUUUUACGAUAAGAUUUAUUUACGGAAUCGGUUAAAAAAUCACCGAACACCCUUAAAAGUUAAAGACUACACGUGAAUUCGUGUUGAAACGAUUUUUUUUUUAAAUUAGCUUUAUGCUUCUAAAAAUGCUUAGCCUGAGGAAUGAAACCUCAUCUUUUUUUCGUACUGAAGUUUAUGACUAAAAUAAUAAAACAUUUAUCAUGUAUUAGUAGAAAUAGAGGAAGGCGUUAAUGUAAACGCGAAUAAAAAAUGUAAGUAGUUAUUGUUAAAGCUUAUGAAAUAUAUGUUACA